AAAAUGUCACUUUCUAUGCAUGAUUUUAUGAGAAAAAUGUAUAGAUUGGUUGAGGGUAGAGAAGAAGAAGUAGUAACACACCAAAUUAAUGCUAAAGUUUCAAGCCAGCAAAGUUGUUGGAUGGACACAUCUAACAUUACUCACCUCACAAAUUAUAUUCAGAAAUCCUAUAAUUAAUUUUUUUUUUCCCUAUACUUUCUUGUAAUCACAUUCUACAUUUCUCCUCAAAAUAUAAAAACUUUGUAGCUGUUUGAUAUAAUUAAUCCACAACAAUGUGGAACUCUUCCUCAGAGAGAAUUUUCUCAAGCACAACUGAAAAUGGAGCUAACAAAGAUGAAGAGGCUCUUGUGUUAGCUGCUUUGCAGAGGUCUCCUACUUAUAUUCGAGCCCGAACAUCGAUCUUUCGGGAUAUUUCUGGAGAGGUUUCGUUGGUUGAUGUUGGUAAAAUGAAAGAUCAACAACAGAAGCAAGUUUUGGAUAAGUUGAUUAAUGCCAUUAAUGAAGAUACUGAGCUGUUCUUUAAAAGAGUUAAGCAAAGAUUUGAAGCGGUGAAUUUGGAAUUCCCAAAAGUAAAGGUUUGCUUUCAGCAUCUUAAAGUUGAUGCAAUGGUCCAUGUAGGAGAUAGAGCAUUGCCUACAGUUCCAAACUUCAUAUUCAACAUGACUGAGACUUUCUUGAGACAGUUGAGGAUUUUCCCAAGUCGGAGAAAGAAAUUAUCUAUCCUAAACAACAUAAGUGGUUUUAUAAGGCCUUCAAGGCUGACUCUACUAUUGGGUCCUCCAAGUUCUGGAAAAACAACAUUGCUUUUGGCACUUGCUGGCCGCCUUGAUAAAGAUUUGAAGUUGACUUAUUUGAAGAUGUCAGGAAAAGUUACCUACAAUGGACAUGAUUUGAAGGAGUUUGUUCCUCAGAGGACUGCUGCAUACAUCAGCCAAAGGGAUUCACAUAUUGCAGAAAUGACAGUAAGGGAGACGCUUGAGUUCUCUGGACGUUGCCAGGGUGUCGGUUUUAAGCGUGAUUUGCUUAUGGAACUUCUAAGAAAAGAGAAAAAUGCUGGAAUAAUUCCUGAUCAAGAUCUUGAUAUUUUUAUUAAGGGAGUAGCAUUAGGAGAACAGACAAGUGUAGUCGUAGAUUAUAUUCUACAGAUUUUAGGACUGGAUAUUUGUGCGGAUACAUUAGUAGGAGAUGAAAUGCUCAAAGGGAUCUCAGGUGGUCAAAAGAAGCGCCUUACUACUGGUGAGUUGCUAAUGGGUGCAUCAAGGGUACUCUUAAUGGAUGAAAUCUCAACCGGGCUAGAUAGUUCAACUACCUAUCAAAUCGUCAAGUAUUUAAAGCAUACGACUCGCGCAUUUGAUGGGACUACCCUGGUUUCUUUAUUGCAACCUGACCCUGAAACUUACUGUCUGUUUGAUGAUAUAAUUCUUUUAAGUGAGGGCCAUAUCGUAUAUCAGGGUCCCCGUGAUAGUGCACUUGAGUUCUUUGAAUUUAUGGGUUUCAAAUGCCCCUCCAGGAAAAAUGUUGCUGAUUUUCUUCAAGAGGUAACAUCUGAAAAAGAUCAAGGGCAGUAUUGGUUUCUCAAUAGCCAGUACAACUAUGUGCCGGCGACAAAGUUUGUUGAACGCUUUCAAUCCUUUCAUGUUGGUAAUGCAUUGGCACAGGAGCUGGCUAUCCCAUUUGACAAACGUGACGAUCACCCUGCAGCACUGUCCUCUAGUACUUACGGUGUGAAAAAAUCCGAGCUUCUAAAGAUCAGUUUUUCCUGGCAGAUGUUAUUGUUAAAAAGGAACUCAGUUGUGCUUGUUUUCAAAAUCACACAGCUCUUUUUGAUUAUUUUGAUAAUGAUGAGUGUGUUCUUCCGUUCAACAAUGCAUCACGAUACACUUGAAGAUGGAGCUGUUUAUCUUGGUGCUCUCUACUUUGCAAUUCUUAUGGUUCUUUUCAAUGGCUUCUUGGAGGUGCCUAUGCUGAUCGCCAAGCUUCCCGUUCUUUACAAGCAGAGGGAUUUGCACUUUUACCCCUGUUGGACAUAUACUCUUCCAUCUUGGAUUUUGAGUAUCCCCACAUCAAUUUUAGAGUCCUUUAUUUGGGUUGCAGCUACAUACUAUGUGGUUGGCUUUGAUCCUCAAAUAACUAGGUGCCUCCGUCAGUUUUUGUUGUAUCUUUCAUUGCAUCAGAUGUCAAUAGGUCUCUUCCGCUUGAUGGCAGCACUAGGCAGAAAUAUGAUAGUUGCUAAUACUUUUGGAUCUUUUGCAAUGUUGGUUGUCAUGGCUCUCGGAGGAUUUGUUCUUUCAAGAGAUAGCAUCCCAAGUUGGUGGAUCUGGGGUUACUGGUUUUCGCCUUUGAUGUAUGCCCAGAAUGCUGCUUCAGUAAAUGAGUUCCGUGGCCAUUCUUGGGAUAAGAGAUUUGGGGACAUGCCUCUGGGUCAGAUGUUAUUAAAGGUUCGCAGCUUGUUUCCAGAGGACUAUUGGUAUUGGAUCGGUGUUGGUGCAUUGAUUGGGUAUACAAUAUUGUUCAACAUCCUCUUCACGAUAUUUCUGACUUACCUUAACCCAUUAGGGAGUCAGCAAGCAGUUGUCUCAAAGAGAAAGAUCCAGAACAAGGACAAAGAACAAGAGAGUGAAUAUAACAUUAUUCCAUUUGGAGAGUUUUUGAACCACACACACUCAUUCACUGGAAGGGAGCAGAAGAAACGAAGAGGCAUGGUUCUUCCUUUCCGGCCUCUUUCCAUGUGUUUUAGAGACAUCAGUUACUAUGUUGACGUCCCCAUGGAACUUAAGCAACAAGGUCUAGCAGGAGAUAAAUUGCAGUUACUAGUCAAUGUUACCGGUGCAUUUAGGCCGGGCGUUCUUACUGCAUUAGUUGGUGUCAGUGGUGCUGGUAAAACUACUCUAAUGGAUGUUUUAGCUGGUAGGAAAACUGGUGGACAAAUAGUAGGAAAUAUCUAUAUUUCCGGACACCCUAAAAAGCAAGAAACUUUUGCAAGGGUAUCUGGAUAUUGUGAACAAAAUGAUGUUCAUUCCCCCUGCUUAACUAUCCACGAGUCACUUCUGUUUUCUGCUUGGCUCCGGUUAUCUUCUCACAUUGAUCUGAAAACACAAAAGGCUUUUGUUGAAGAGGUUGAGGAGCUAGUGGAACUAACUUCAUUAAGCCGAGCUUUGGUUGGCCUACCUGGGGUAGAUGGAUUGUCAACAGAGCAAAGGAAAAGGUUGACGAUUGCAGUUGAGCUUGUAGCCAAUCCUUCAAUAGUAUUUAUGGAUGAACCUACUUCAGGACUAGAUGCCCGGUCUGCAGCCAUUGUAAUGAGAACAGUGAGAAACAUUGUCGACACUGGAAGAACAAUCGUCUGCACCAUCCAUCAGCCUAGUAUAGAUAUCUUUGAAUCAUUUGACGAGCUUUUGCUAAUGAAAAGAGGUGGAGAGCUCAUUUAUGCUGGUUCACUGGGAAACAGAUCAUGCAAGCUUGUUCAGUAUUUCGAGGCAAUUCAAGGAGUUCACAAAAUUAAGUCUGGACAGAACCCUGCUGCUUGGGUUCUUGAAGUGACUUCUCCAGCGGAAGAAAAUCGCCUCGGCAUAGAUUUUGCGGACGUUUAUCGGAAAUCAACAUUAUAUAGGCAAAAUGAGGAAAUGGCUGAAAGUUUAAGCAAGCCAGAAGAAGAUUCAGUUGAACUAAAUUUCCCAAGCAAGUACUCUCAGUCCUUUUUUGGGCAGUUUCUUGCAUGUCUUUGGAAGCAAAACCUGUCCUACUGGAGAAAUCCGCAGUAUAGUGCUGUGCGCUUCUUCUACACCGUCAUAAUCUCAUUGAUGUUUGGAAGUAUAUGCUGGAAUUUUGGUUCUAAGAGGAGUACUCAGCAGGAUAUAUUAAAUGCUAUGGGAUCCAUGUAUGCAGCAGUUCUUUUUAUUGGAAUCACGAACGCGUCCUCUGUCCAACCUGUGGUAUAUGUUGAAAGAUUCGUCUCAUAUCGAGAAAGAGCAGCAGGGAUGUACUCAGCUCUACCCUUUGCAUUUGCACAGGUCACAAUUGAAUUUCCAUAUGUUUUCAUACAGACACUAAUCUAUAGUACCAUAUUCUACUCCAUGGCAUCUUUCGAGUGGAAUGUCUGGAAGUUUGUUUGGUACAUAUACUUCAUGUACUUCACACUUCUAUACUUCACUUUCUUUGGAAUGAUGACAACUUCAGUCUCUCCAAACCAUAACAUUGCUGCAAUUCUUGCUGCACCAUUCUAUAUGAUGUGGAAUCUGUUCAGUGGCUUCAUGAUUUCUCGAAUGAGAAUCCCUAUUUGGUGGAGAUGGUACUAUUGGGCUAAUCCAGUAGCAUGGAGUUUAUAUGGACUUUUAACAUCACAAUAUGGAGAAGUAAAUGAACAUCUUAGGCUUGCUGAUGGUGUCCAUACAUUACCAAUAAAAAGGUUCAUUAAAGAGCAGUUUGGAUAUAGGCAUGAUUUCUUAGGCAUUGCUGGUGUUGCAGUGGUUGGUUUCUGUAUACUCUUUGCAGUAACCUUUGCUUUUGCAAUCAAAUGCUUCAACUUCCAGAGAAGAUGAAGAUAAGGGGCAUACAUGUAAUUAACACUAAAGGGUUCUUAUAUCAGUUUUGAUUUAUUGAUCAGCUUAAAGAGAAUAAGGAUGCAACUACAUCUACAAUACACAUAUUUCUCAUGAAUUUCUGUGACAUUCAAUUUUAUAUAGAUGGAUCAAAUUUCUGUACUACAUAUAUGAAUUUGUAUAUAAUAAGAAUAACAUAUUGUUUUUCAUCUCUC